AUGAAUUACAUUUCAGUUUCUUUUGCAGAAAUCAAAAUUGGUCCAUUCGUCGCAUCAGAAUUGGGCGUACAAUCGGCAUGCAGGUUUUCCCAGAUUACCACAAUUACUAGACAGCCCCAACAACCCUUCGGCUACAUUGUUGCCAACUCAUCCCAACAAAUGUUCACACUUCGAAUCGAGGUUGGACUUCGAGUGGAAGGUUUCAUUGUGAAGAAAAAGGGCUCCGCAGUCCCCAAAGCCACGAUGAGGGUACUGCUGGAAAAUCGUCAUAAAAAUUCAGACAUCAGUUUUCAGAUGCAAGAUGGUCACAAGGUUCAGGCACAUCGCUAUAUUUUGUCGGCGCAAAGCGAUGUGUUCGAAGCAAUGUUCGCCACAGAUAUGAUGGAGAAGAAUGACGGCGAGGUUGAGUUGACGGACUUUAGCGGGGAGGGAUUCGAGAUUUUCCUUAAGUUCGUGUACACAGGGGAGCUGGAUGAAAUGUGGCGCAAUUAUGUCGACGAUGUAGUCCGGGCAGCAGAUAAGUACAAUAUUAUUCCUCUUCAAGAACUUUGUGACCUUCGUCUCCCUACUCUGGUGACACGGGAAAAUUUUGAUGAAGGGCUGGUAUUUUUCAAGUGGUCAGAUUCAGCGACACUUAUCGUAUCAGUUUCUAAAAUUGGUCAAACCCCACCCCCAUAA